AUAAUCCCGUCUUAUCCCUAAAUUUAAUCCAACGAAACCCAUCUUCUUCUUUAUUCUCUUCUGACUAAUCCAUUUCCAAACCCCCAAGAGCUCUCGCUCUCUCUCUCUCUCUCUCUCUAACAGACUCAAACAAAUACACAACACAGAGUCUUAAUAAAGUUGAGUGAGGAAUCAAUGGAUUUUCACGUGAGAGCUUGUGGGUCUGCAAAACUUGGUGUAGGUGAAGAGGAUAUGGACAUUAGAAGAGGUCCAUGGACAGCUGAAGAGGACACCUUGCUCAUGAAUCAUAUCACCCUCCAUGGUGAAGGUCGCUGGAACUCUGUUGCUCGCUGUGCAGGUUUGAAACGAACUGGCAAAAGCUGCAGAUUAAGAUGGUUAAACUAUUUGAGGCCUGAUGUUAGACGUGGAAAUAUCACUCUGAAAGAGCAGCUAUUGAUUCUUGAGCUCCAUUCUCAGUGGGGCAAUAGGUGGUCCAAGAUAGCGCAAUACCUGCCUGGUAGGACAGACAAUGAGAUCAAGAACUAUUGGAGAACAAGGGUACAAAAGCAAGCUAAGCAACUCAAAUGUGAUGUCAAUAGCAAACAAUUUAGAGACGCCAUGCGUUACGUAUGGAUUCCUCGCUUGAUGGAGCGGAUCCGGGCCACAUCCGAAUCCCACUCGGAUCAACCCACCAUGGAAUAUAGCACUACUACUGACUGUGGCGGGGUCACCCUCGACCCAAGUCAAGUCCAUGCAUCUGGGUCCGACCCAAUUGACCCGUAUUUCAUGCCUGCUGUAUCAUCGGAUUCAUCCGAGGCUCAAAUCUCAGACCUAACCGAAUGUUACGAUUUCUCGGGCAGUAAUUACCCGAACGAAUCAACAAAUGGGUCAGGUUUUUGCCCACAGGGAGUGGAUAUCCAGCAAGCUUUUGAGCAUGGGUUUGGUGGUGGGGACACAUUGGAUAGUUUGUGGAAUGAAGAGAAUUUGUCGUUUUUGCAACAACAGCUUUGCGAUGAGAUCUGAAAAUUAAUAAUAGAAUUCCUUUACGUGACGCAUUAAGGUAUUCAAACAAAAUAUAUGUAUGUAUGUAUUUGAGAGACAAAAGUAGCAUUAAUGCUAACGUUGCUAAUAUGACAACUACUUUUAUUUGUACCAUUACCAACAUAUAUACCAAAUCAAAGAAGAAAAAGAGCACCGAAGAAGAUACUAAAGCAAUGUUAUAUAAAUUAA